UGAUUUCUUAAAUUGUAAACACAUUGUAAAGUAUACAUACAACGAAAUUAUGUAUAUCACGUUAUCCAUGCUUCGAUGUUUACAAAUCUCAUUGCAUUUAAAGACAGAGGUGUAAUUGCAAUGAGGUUAAAUAAAAUUUAAGUGCUGACACUACACGAUAACAAUUCACAUAAAAGUACUACGUAAAUAUUAUUUACUACGAAUUUAUAAGGUAGUUUUUAAUUCCUAUAUAUUCCAAUUUCAAUUAUUAAUUGUACCUUUUGAUAAUCAUUUAAUUUUACAAUUUUGUAAAUAAAAAAUAAAUGGUGUAAUAAUAAGAAAGCCAGAUAUAAAAUUAAUUUUGAAAUAUGGAGCAAUUUACAGAGGAUAAUAAUAAAACAAAUCUGGAUGUUGAAAUAAAUUCUGAGGCUAAAUCGGAAAAAGACAAAGAGGAUAUAAUGAUUCUCGAUCAUGAUACCAAUGUUAUGCCAAUAAUCAUAGAAGAAUUGGAUGAAAGUGCUAUUAAUUCCAUGGACGUAGAUAUGACUGAGUUUGUAGAAGCUAAAGCUUUAGAAGUACAAGAUGUAUCUCAAACAAUAAUUCCAUCCUAUACAUAUUCUGAGCAAAGUAGUCCUGUUAAUGACAUUAUAAUGGAAAUAGAUGAUCAAAAUGUACUACUAACUGUUGAAGAAGAAGAUAGAUUAACUAAACAAUUUUUAAAUGGUGAAUUAACAUUCAGUGAAUAUUCCUCUAAAAUGGAUGAAAAUCCAGAACUAGAAAUCUCAGAUACGGAUGUUUCUAAAAAAGAUUCAGAAAAUGAACAAGCAGUUUCACAACAAAUUAUAAAUAAAAAAGAACAAAAGUUAUCAACAUUUUCACAAGCAGGACCAAAAAGGAAACGGAGAACCCUUCCCCCUGUUUUACAAGGUCUUAUGGGUGAAGCAAAUUUACGUUUUGCAAGAGGAGAAACAACAUUAGCAGCACAAAUGUGUAUGGAAAUAAUUAGGCAGGUACCAAGUGCUCCAGAACCAUUUCAAACCUUAGCAAUGAUAUAUGAAAAUGAUCAGCCUGAGAAAUCAUUACAAUUUGCAUUAAUAGCAGCACAUCUCAGUCCAAAGGAUGCCGAUCAAUGGGCUAGAUUGGCUAAUUUAUCAUUAGAGAGUGGCAAUAUAAAACAAGCAAUAACAUGCUAUUCGAAAGCUAUUCAAGCUAGCCCAAAAGAAAUACAUUUGUAUGAAUCAUUAAUAGAACUUCAAGAGCAAAAUGGAGAUAAAAGAGCUCAUUUGAAAGCAUAUACAAAAUUGUUACAUCAUCUGGAUUCAGAAAAUGGUGAAGAAAUAUUAAAAUAUGCAAAAAUACUAGCAAAACGACACAUGCAAGAAAAUAAUAAUGAACAAGCAUUAGAUGCUAUGGAAUAUAUUUUUGUUAAGUGUCCUGAAUUGAUAACAUUAGAAGAAGUCAAUAUUAUGACAGAAUUGUUAAUUACUUUAAAACAUUUUAAUAGAUGUUUAGAUACUCUAACUAAGUACACUAGUAUCUGGGUUCAAUUUAAGGAGAUAGAUAUUUCUGAUAAAAAAAUUUCAGAACCUCCUAAUAUAUCUAUAAUAGAAACCUGUGAUAUACCAGACGAUGUAGUUGUAGAUUUAAAAGCAAAAUUUCUUAUAACUCUUAUUGAACUGAAUGAAAUUACUAUGGCAGAUAAACUUUUACCUAAAUUGUUGAAAGAAGAUCCAGAGAUAUCUGGAGAUUUAUUUUUAGAUGUAGCAGAGGCUUUUAUGGGAAAAAAAGAAUUCCAGCGAGCUUUGGACUUAUUAGAUCCAUUAGUUAAUAGCAACAACUUUAGUUUAGCAGCUGUUUGGUUAAGACACGCAGAAUGUUGGGUUGGCUGUAAAGAUCUAAAAAAAGCUAUUAAAUCUUAUGAAGUUGUUAAACAAUUAUCUCCUCAGCAUUUAGGUGCUAGACUAGCAUUAGCAAAACUUUAUAAGUUUAAAGGUCAAUACAUUAAGGCAGCAGAAGUUCUUAAACAAGAUCCAGAAUCAGAUGCACUAGAUCCUAAUGUAAUUUAUAUGAGGACACUUUUGCUCUUCAAAACUCAAAAAUAUGAUGAGUAUUUUCAAUCUGGAAUGUUAUUACUUUCAAGACAUUGUAUUAAUAUUAGGUCAAAAGCUGAGCUUGGUGCAUUAACAAGAGCAACUGGAAUACGUCAACGUCUUGAAAGUUUACAAUUGCAUCGACUAUCAUGUGGUGAAAAACUUGAAGAAGAAAAUGUACCAACAUUUGUUAACAGUGAUGAACCAAGUGAAAAGAAUGAAUUCCUUUUAUAUAUUCAAAUGUGCAAGUUAGCUUGUGAAUUGAAAAGAUAUGGAUUACUACAAAGAAUAUCUUUUAGUGCAUUGACAUCUAAAAGAUUUGAGAAGAGGAAUUCUCAUAUCAUGUUCUUAUGUUUAUUGGCUUGUAUUCACAAUAAUGAUUCUUAUUAUGGUUACAAUAUUGUGCGGGAAAUAGUAAAAGUUUGUCAACGUUCAAAUUCAUGGAAUUUACUUAAUAUAGUUAUUCAAAAAGCUGAAGAUUCUAGACACAAUAGAUUCAUAAUGCGUUUACUUGGACGAGAAGAUGCAUUUUCUCAUUUGCAUAUAAUGCAUGCAAAUAAUUGCCUUGUCUGUGGGACAUAUACUUAUGCUCUGAAUGAUUACAUAUCCCUCUUUAGAGUUACGCCAAAUGCAUUAUUGGCCUUAUUAAUUUCUGUUACUUUACUACAAAUGUCAUGUCAAAAGCAUUCAUCAAAGAAGAAUCAAUUAAUAAUUCAAGCAAUUGCAUUCUUUAAGAAAUAUGCACAAUUACGAGGAGUGGAAGGUCAACACGAAACAUAUUAUAAUAUAGCACGUGCAUUUCAUCAAAUUGGAAUGUUGCCAACAGCUAUACACUAUUAUAAACUAGUUCUUCAUUCAGAUCCAGGAGAUUUAGUUAAACAAAAUGAAGAACUUUUAGACUUGAAAAAAGAAGCAGCUUUUAAUCUUCAUCUUAUAUAUUUACAAUCUGAAAAUCUUAAUCUUGCCAGAAUGUAUCUUGAAGAAUAUAUUACUAUUUAAAAGCAUUAUAAAUAAGUUAUAUGUAUAAAUAGUAUAAGAAAUUAAUAGAUAUGUUAUAUUAUAAAUGUACAUAUUUUUUGCCGAAAAAGUAUUAAUAGCUCUUAAAUAAAAAUAAAGUAUUAAGACUGUUCAUAAUCUCAGGUUUUUUAAUGGUUUACGCCAUUAAUGAGAACAGGCGUAAUUCUUGAUUGAUUUUGAUGAACAAAGUCUUCUUUUAAAGGCGAAGAUUUAAUUUAUAAUACGUAGUUUUAGAAUUAUUGAAAAAGAUUUUUAUUUGUGUAUAAAGUAUUUUCGAAAAAUUCCCUUUUUAAAACGAUUUUUUUUUACAAAAAAAUAAAGCUUUUAAAUAAGAACCUUGUACUUUCACUACUGAUUUUAAUAUACACACUUGAAUGGAUAUUUUCUAUAUCUCUCGUGAGACAGUGAUUGCCUGCUUGUUUGUGUGCGUAAAUAACUGGUACUUAGAUUUUUUGAACAUUUAAAAACGCAAAAAAUGCAUUUUACGAUGCUCGCGCAGAGAAGCUAUGGUAAUUUAUUUGGUCAUUUUAAUGAGAUUUGACUAGAUGAUUCUAUGGCAAAAAUAAGGAAAUAUGUGUCCAAUCGUUGUUUAUCGAUGUGUUUUUAAAAUAUUGUUAAAUUUUGGAAAAAUGUAUAGUUCCUUUUAGAUUUUAUAGACUUAAAAAGAUAGAUUUUAUAAGCAAUGUGUAACACAUUGGCAAGCAUUUGGAUUCUUGUAAUACAUGGAACAUCUUAUUAUUGUUAUGCAUUUGUUUUCUUACUAUUUCUUAAUCAAGAUCAGUCGAAGCUAAAAUUGUCUUUACUAUUAUAAUAUAAAAUGUAAAAUAAUAUUUAAAUACAUUAUUAUUAUUAUUAUUAUUAUUAUUAUUAUUAUAUUAUAGUAUAUUACAUUAUAUUAUAUCAUUAUUAUUAUUAUUAUUAUUACUAUUAUCAGUAAUAGUAAUAGUAGCAUAUUAUUAUUAGUAAUAGUAAUAGUCGAAGUCGUAUAGAGUGAACUAGUUCUACAAGGGUAACCAUGUAAGAAAAAAAAACAGACUGAGAGUUCUAUAUUAUAAGUAAUGUGAAAAUGAACUCAUGUUUUAAUAUGUAUUAAAAUAAUAUGUAUAAAUAUUCACUAAUUAUUUUUAAGAAAAUAUUAGACAAAUUCUUAUUUUUGUCGUAGAUUUAUAUACUUAUUCUUAUAUGUGUCAAUUAUAUUUAUUAUUUUCUAUGGAUUUAUCGUAAAACAAAUGCUUAUCGAUAUCUUAUCUAACACGGA